CAGGAUGGGCGCAUAAUCUCAGCGCUCAGCUGCUCUGACUGUCCAGGGAAGGCACGCAGAGGACUGCCAUGAGCUGUCGUGUCCAGUGACCCGCCGGCGAUGGGAUCUGACCGGCAUACUGAUACGCUCCGCCAGCAGCGUCAGCACCGGGCAGCGCGACACACGCCAGGACGCCGCCACUUGGCUUUUCGAUAGAGUUGCCAGUUUCUUUGCGUUUUGUAGUAUUCUGACGUCGCGCAUGCGUUGCUGUGUAGUUGAAAUUGCUGGAGCGCUUCUUGAGACUAAGUUUGGGCUGCAGGUGCCUGUCGGUCGAUGAUGAGAGGGAUGCGGAUCGCUCGGGAUCAGUGGCGCGCGGGGAUUUUCUGUCUACUCGUGCUCGUGGCUUUGACGCUUGGUCGUAGUUCACCAGCGCACAGUGUAAACGAACCAAGCAACAUGUCAUAUGUCAAAGUCACCGUGGAUAAACUACUCAAAGGCUACGACAUCCGCCUCAGGCCUGACUUUGGAGGUCCUCCAGUUGAUGUUGGCAUGAGUAUCGACAUCUCCAGUAUCGACAUGGUUUCUGAAGUGAACAUGGACUAUACCAUCACCAUGUACUUCCAGCAGUCCUGGCGAGACAAGCGUCUGUCCUACACAGGGAUUCCUCUUAAUCUUACUUUGGAUAACCGAGUGGCGGAUCAGCUCUGGGUGCCUGAUACUUACUUCAUAAAUGAUAAGAAAUCUUUUGUUCAUGGGGUAACAGUGAAGAACCGCAUGAUCCGUCUGCAUCCUGAUGGGACUGUGCUCUACGGCCUCAGGAUAACGACCACCGCUGCAUGUAUGAUGGAUUUGCGCAGAUACCCACUGGAUGAGCAGAACUGCACGCUGGAGAUCGAAAGCUAUGGAUACACCACAGAUGACAUUGAGUUCUACUGGCAGGGAGGAAGUUCGGUGACGGGGGUAGACAACAUCGAGCUGCCGCAAUUCUCUAUUAUCGAUUAUAAAACACUGUCUAAGAAAGUGGUGUUCGCCACAGGGUCGUAUCCUCGUCUGUCUCUCAGUUUUAAAUUGAAGAGAAACAUCGGAUAUUUCAUCCUGCAGACCUACAUGCCUUCAACCCUGAUCACCAUCCUGUCCUGGGUCUCCUUCUGGAUCAACUAUGAUGCUUCAGCUGCAAGAGUUGCGCUAGGAAUCACCACCGUUCUGACCAUGACCACAAUCAACACUCAUCUUAGAGAGACGUUACCCAAGAUCCCUUAUGUGAAGGCCAUAGACAUCUAUUUGAUGGGCUGCUUUGUGUUUGUGUUCCUGGCCUUGCUCGAGUACGCCUUUGUCAACUAUAUAUUCUUUGGCCGUGGACCACACUUACAGAAGAAAGUGGCAGAAAAGGCUGCAAAAAGCAACAAUGAGAAGAGUCGGUUGGAGAGUAACAAAGUUCAGGUUGAUGUUCACGGAAACAUUCCCCUGACAAACCUUGAUCUGCGCCUGAGCGGAGCAGAGAUGUUGGGUGCACUGGGGGACCCGAGAAACACCAUGUUCUCUUAUGACAGUGCCAGCAUCCAAUACCGUAAGCCCCUUACUGGCCGGGACCUUUACGGUCGGCCCACUGCCUCAAUCGAGAGACCACUGGCACCAAAAAAAAGUCGACUCAGAAGGCGAGCCGCUCAACUGAAAGUGAAGAUUCCAGACCUGACGGACGUAAACGCCAUCGACAAGUGGUCCCGCGUGAUCUUCCCCAUCACCUACACCUUCUUUAAUUUAGUUUACUGGCUGUAUUAUGUCCACUAGAGAGCAGCACCAGCCACUCACACGUCAGGUCAGACCUUUUUAUU